UGCAAUGCCAAGCAUGGCUUCCUCAUGUUCAAAUACGUCUACUUGUAUUCAGCGCGGAGGAACCAGACGCAGAUCAAGAAGGAAGAAGCUGAUGGCCAGAAUGUGCUGAGUGAGGACAAGGACAAGCAGGAGCUGACAGAAGACAGGGUGGCCCUGGAGCAAAGCGAAAAUGUCAGCACUGAUGUGAUGGAGAACAACAGAACCAGCCUCAUGCCCAAAAGCCACACCACCCCAGGCGUGGACAGGGAUGCUCUUAGUCCUCCCCCAGGCACCAGCACGGGAGCACGUGGUGGGGCUGGCAUUGCAGGUCCCACCCCGACCAGCUGGGAGGGCAGUGGUGACCUGGAUUUAGUGGUGGAAAUCGAUGGUGGUGUUUCCAUUCCUACCCAGGAUGGACGUUCCAGCGAGGCCGUGGUGGGAAACAGGUCUGUUGUCAGGGGUGAGGACAGGGAGGAGGAUGGUGCCCCUGGGUGGGUUCCAGUGGAGAGGGCCAUGACAGGUGAGAGGGAGAGGGCUUCUGCCACUGGAGGGGCUGGGGAUGAGGGCAGUGAUGGGGCCACCGUGCCUGGCCAAGGGCAGGAGGGUGUCAUGCAGGGCACAGGGACGGGAAGCGCUGCUCUCACCUCUGUCACUGAGAAGACAGAGCAUGUUCAAGUUGACACGGAAGGUGUGGAUGAAUACAUUUACAUCCCUGACUCGGGCAGCAUCACUGUCACCCAAGGGAAGUUGGGCAGCACAGCGACGGCCACCAGCUUCACCCAGAUCUCUCCGGACAAGGAUGAUGAGGUCAACAUAUUCAUCAGGAGAGCCAACAUCCUCGUGGGGGAGCAAGAAACCACCCAGGCUGGUGCCACUGUUGGCAGCAAGGACAGUGGCAGCCCCACUGCAGGAACCAGCAGCCCUCUGACCAGGCUGGCGGUCACUGCAGCACAUGAUGGUGAUGAUGGCACCCCUGCUCAUCAGCAGCCUGAAGAACUGGCCACCACAGCCACCCCGAGCUACAGAGAAGGCACCACCAGCCGACCCAGGGUUGGUUAUCCCACAGGAGAUGAUGAGGAUGGUGUGACCACCCUUGGUGAUGGAGAAGGGCCGCUGGCCCCCAGCCCUUGGACCAUCACCGGUGGUGACAUUCCUGUCCCCUCAGAGGCUGAUGCUGCUGUGAAUGGUGACGAUGAAGCGAGAGGUGAGGGGCAGUGGUUUGAGGGGAAGUCAGACCGCCUGCCUGUCCCCACCCCUCACCAGGAGGCUGUUGAGGAGGCCACUGCCACUGUCCCAGCCGAGGGGGCCAGCAUCCGCCUGGGAGGCACUAUGGCCUCCUCUGAAGCAGGGGAGGUCAAGGAGAGCAGCCUCGGGCAGGCCGGGCAGGCUGGGGGCCGCUCCCCCGGGCCCGCGCUGUGGGGGCCCGGGAGCAGCCGGCUCCCCGCGCGGCAGGGCAGGAGAACCGGGGCGGCGGGCGCGCUGGCAGUGCUGGGCAGCAGCAGCAGGCAGGUGGACCAUGUGAAGCGCGCUGAUGAGCUGCACAUCCGCGAGAGGGCUUUUUACACCCUGGAGCGGGCCCGGGCUGAGCCCCACGGCCCCUACGCUGCCCUGGGGAGCACGGACAGCAGCCAGUCCUCCGAGGGGGAGCGGGGCAGCAGCAGCGACAGCCGGCAGGUAGGGCAGCGGCCCGCGGGGGGGGGACCCCCGGGGUACCCCAAGGGCCGGUGGAGCCGGGGGACCCUCUGA